AUGGGUAAAAAUACCAAUAAAAAACCGACUUAUCAAAUCCCGAUAAAAGAAAUUUUUUAUAGAAAACAGCGUCGUGAACGCACGACAUUCACGCGGAGCCAGUUGGAAAUUCUGGAACACGCUUUUCUGAAGACCAGAUACCCGGACAUAUUUAUGCGAGAAGAUAUGGCAUUGAAGAUUCAGCUGCCAGAAAGUCGAGUACAGGUUGGUAAAGAGCCAUCUAUCUUGCUUAUUGCCAAGGGGAAGGAAGAGAGGGAGAGGGCGUAA